AUGGGAAACGGGACAAGGAAGCAGUGCCGAGAGCGGACGAGCCCUUGCUGGCGCGGUGGAUUAAGAUUCGGAAACGCAAGGCGCGUGAAACUGCGAGGCCAGAGUCUGUCUGGCAGAUUUGGGCGGGGCGCUGAGGUGUCACAGCCCUGGUCGCUGACUGACUUGCAGCAGCAGAUGGUGAAGAGGCGGAAAAGUGAGGCUCGAGGGAGUGGCGAGCCGGGCGACAAUGGCGAGGCGGCGCGAGCCCGGGCGGACAAUAAUAUGAGGAGCAGGAAAAAGCGCAGGCAGCGCCGCGAGUGCAAUGCGGACGGGAUGCAGUGGCUGAUAUGGGAGAGCGAUAUGGCAGAUCGGCAGCAUGCUGCUGCUGCUGCGGCAGAGGAUGCGUUUGAUGAGCGGCUGCUGCCGAGUCACGGCGACGAUGGGGGAGAUGGAAGAGGUGCAGUGGGCGUGAAAGCGAGCCGGCCAGCCAGCCUAAGCCUUCUUGAUCCGACCCGCCUGGCUCAGUCUUCACUACUCACCACCACCUCGCGGAUCGACGGCCGUUUGUGGCAGCCCAACCUUCAGGAAUCAGGGAUCAUAACGCAACAGAGGCGUAAGCUGGACGGCCACCGCGAUUGGCCGGGCGCAGAUCAGCGGGCCAGAGCUGCAUUCGACAACGGCCGGCACAACCGUCUGGGCGCCGCCAUCGCCCUCCGAUACCAGUGUCUCGUCCUGUCCGACCUCCUCCUCCACCUCACCUCGUGUCUGCUCCUGCUGCGUCACCCCGUAGCCGUGACAACUCGCAGCAGCAGCAGCAGGUAUGCGAACAUGCUGCAUGACGACAGCAAGGGAUCAGCCGCCGUGCAGAGAGUUUGCCCAAACACUGCGCCUAGCGCUGCUGUCGACGCCCUGUACCUGCAGCGCCGUUUGUACCUGACUUGUGCCUUGAUCCAUGCUGCAAACUAUCCGACUGGUCCGUCGCCAGCCCAAGAUGCUGCCGCCAGCGCAGCAGCCUGCAGUCACCGGACUGUCCAGCAGGUGGGCCCAAUGCCCAGUGCUAGUCCGCGAGAGGGAGAUGCAGCCCAGCGACGGCCUCGAGAUAUCACAUCCCACGUCGGGCACAUGUCAUACGCCUGUGUCACUCACCACUGCGGCGGUGCAGCAGCAUGUCAAACAACAAACAAACGCCACCCCAGCAACCGUGAACCCACCGUCUCUGCGCGAGAAACCCGAGUGCAGAAACUUCAGAUGCAAAACAAUGGUUUCAAAAGGUGUAGCUUUGCCUGUGACAAACCCCAUCUGAAUCUCGAUUCAACCGAGAAAACGCUUCCACGCUACAACGAUACGGUAUGGCGGCAUCGCGAAAAAGGAUCGACCGCCCGCACUCUUCGGCUGCCGGCUGUGCAAAUUUCUGCAGGGGCGAACGUCAGGUUCUCUUAUCGUGCCCGAGCAUCUCCAUAUAUGAAAGAGGGCCGCAGCGCCCAUCAAUUUCGACUCGGCCUCCUUCACCUCGACAUUGGACAGCGCAUUGCUCUGGACAAGCGCGGAUCCACACGGCACCCGCAAUCCCGACGAGCGUUUCAGACUGGGCCUUCCAGAAGCCCGGUUGAGAGAGAAGGUCUCAGCCUCAAACUUCGCCUAGGAUCGCCUCACUUCUCACGACAGCGACAGAAAACGAUGCGACAUCUUCAGCUACCAUCCACCUUCAUCCUCGCCCAACACGAGAUGCUGCUACGAGGAACUUGGGAACAAGGUCUUGUCGAAUUCAUCAUCAGCCUCAAUCGUGAGACGUCGCGAUUGUUGCUGCCAUCAUCCUCGCUCGAUUCUUGCAAAAUGACAGAUCAACCUCAUCUCGUGCCGGGUUGGCGUGGACCACCUCAACCGCCUGCCAGCGCUGUCCAAUUUUACUCACCCGAAGAUUGA